AUGGGGAAAAUGGGGUCUUCAAUGAUCUCUCUCUUUCUUCCUCUCUUAGUCCUAGCAGUGUCUCUUAGAUUGCCUUUUGAAACCUCAGCAGAUUACACUUAUUCCUCUCCUCCACCUCCUCCUAAGAAGUACUCGCCACCACUGCCACACAAAGAGCCCUACAAGUAUAAGUCUCCUCCCCCACCAACCCCUGUUUAUAAGUCUCCUCCUCCUCCCAAAGAGACAUACAAGUACAAGUCUCCUCCUCCCCCCAAGGAGGCAUAUAAGUACAAGUCUCCACCUCCACCGGUUUACAAGUCUCCUCCUCCCCCCAAGGAGGCAUACAAGUACAAGUCUCCACCUCCACCAAUUUAUAAAUACAAAUCUCCUCCUCCCCCCAAGGAGGCAUACAAGUACAAGUCUCCACCUCCACCAGUUUACAAGUACAAAUCUCCUCCUCCUCCCAAGGAAGCAUACAAGUCUCCACCUCCACCGGUCUAUAAGUACAAAUCUCCUCCUCCCCCCAAGGAGGAAUACAAGUACGAGUCUCCACCUCCACCAGUUUACAAGUACAAAUCUCCUCCCCCUCCCAAGGAGACAUACAAGUCUCCACCUCCACCAGUUUAUAAGUACAAAUCUCCUCCUCCCCCUAAGGAGGCAUACAAGUACAAGUCUCCACCUCCUCCAGUUUACAAGUACAAAUCUCCUCCCCCUCCCAAGGAGAUGUACAAGUACAAGUCUCCACCUCCUCCUCCUACAGUUUACAAGUACAAGUCUCCUCCUCCUCCUCCUAAGGAGCCAUAUAAGUACAAGUCUCCACCUCCACCUCCUCAUUCUCCUUCUCCAGUUUAUAAGUACAAGUCUCCUCCUCCCCCCAAGGAGGAGGCAUACAAGUACAAAUCUCCACCCCCACCCGUUUACAAGUCUCCUCCCCCACAACCACCCCAUUAUAUCUACUCUUCACCACCUCCUCCUCACCACUACUAAUCUACGACUUCGAUCGUACUGUAAGGAGAAGAGUGCUUCAAAUAAAGCAAAAAAUAUGGUUUCAAAAGAAAUAUAAAGAGGCCAUACAAGUGAAAAUUCGGGAGGCUAGGCCUAGUCUCCACGGUUGAUGUGAAUGUUAGUAGACAAAUUUGUAUUUGGCAAUGUAUUAUUCAGUGGUUCCACUUGUUUUUAUUUCUCUCUCUCUGCUUAAUAAUAAGAAUGAAUCCUUAUGUAAAUGUGUACGUGUUUUCCAAUUAUUCUGCAAAUGCAUGGGUUUAUCAGUAA